AUGGCUGUUACCGAACAAGACACACAGGUUGUAGCCCUGCGCAAGAUCCUCACAUCGGAAUCGGAGCCCCUCGCCCGACGAUUCCGUGCUCUCUUCUCUUUGAAGUACCUAGCAGGCCUGAAUCCGCCCACCGAACAAACAGUCCCCGCAAUCGAAGCCAUUGGCGCCGCUUUCUCUUCACCGUCUGCUCUUCUGAAGCAUGAGCUCGCCUACUGCCUGGGUCAAUCUGGCCAUGAUGCUGCUAUUGCACCGCUAAGGGCUGUCUUGCAAGACAAGGAGGAAGACUCUAUGUGCAGGCACGAGGCUGCGGAGGCACUAGGUGCAUUAAGCGACAAGGGGAGUUUGGAUCUACUGAAGCAGUUGAGAGAUGACGUUCAAGAGGUCGACGUUGUGCGCGAAACGUGCGAUAUUGCUGUCGAUCGCAUCGAAUGGGAUCAUGGGCUACAGAAGGGACAAGAGAAGCUCAAGAAGAGUGAUUUCACAUCAAUCGACCCUGCGCCGCCGCUACCACAGGGCACUGAGAAGCCAUCGAUACCAGAACUUGAAAAGACACUACUUGAUACAUCCUUGCCCCUGUUCCAGCGGUACCGGGCCAUGUUCGCGCUACGCGAUCUUUCCUCGCCACCCGAUCUCCCAACUGCUGUCCCGGCUGUAAAAGCGCUCGCCCGCGGUUUCAGCGAUCCGUCCGCUCUCUUCCGCCAUGAAAUCGCAUUCGUUUUCGGACAGCUCUCACAUCCUGCGUCGAUUCCCAGUCUGACAGAGGCACUGAGUAACACAAACGAGGCUAGUAUGGUCCGCCAUGAAGCUGCGGAGGCGCUGGGCAGUUUGGGUGACGAGGAAGGCGUUGAGGAAACUUUGCGCAAAUUCUUGAAUGAUCCAGAACAGGUUGUACGAGACAGUGUUAUUGUUGCGCUCGAUAUGGCAGAGUUCGAGAAGAAUGGGGAGAUGGAGUACGCCAUUGUGCCACAGGUUGCUGCGGCUUAG